AUGGCUAGUGUUAUGGCAUUUUAUCUUCGAUAUUGCGCGCUGAGAGCAUUGCCGGAUCCCAAAUCUCAUAUUGGUUACAAUGAGUCGCCGCACCAGAUAGAAUUGUCAGAGGAUGAGCUAGUCACUGAGAAGUUCGAAAAGAAUGAUCGACUUCAGAAUCAUGCCUAUGUUGCUUGGCGAUUUACUUUUCUCUUUAUGGGUGGUGAUGCUGCUGCCAGACUGCAAGGCUUGCAGGAUGAUCUAAACCCCAAGGGCCACGAGUGCGCCUGUCUAUCCUUUUCGUGGGGUUCACAAUUAUGGCGAAAUUAUCGCGUGCCGACUGAUACUGGGUGUCGUCGGUAUGAUUGUUGUGUUCCAUGCCGAAUGACACACCGUACCAUUGCAUUGGAAAUCUUCACUGUUGGCUGUGUGCUUGUCCUUCACCGACUGCUGCAGAGCCAAAACUGGGAGCCGGAACAGUUGGAGAACGAGAGCAGGCAGCGUAGUGGGACAGAGAGACCGGCGCUGAAAGGAAGGGCAGCGAUCGAAGACGAGGCGAUGGAGGAGGCAAGGCCUGUGAGGAGACGAUAUUGCUACAUGCUGUGAUGGCGAUGCAUGCUUCAGGCUCACACGAGUCGUACCAUCAUACCAGACACGACGACUGACAGGGUGUUGACUCCGGUCGCGAUUGGAAAACAUCACGUGAUAUAAAUGAGCUGCAUGUCAUCGUAUCGUGUUGAUCAAGAAGAUCCAAGUAUCCAAGAGCAAGGGCAUGGCGGCUGCAGUGCGCUGCACGACGAGUGCAUCCAACGCCACAUGACAGCAUUGCGCAGUUGUGACGACAGGACACUUUGCAG